GAACCACAAUGCCAACACUAGCCUCUCAGGUGCACGCAUCACUGACAUGCCAGCGCUGGCGAUAGCCGUACUUGACAUGCCUUCCCCCUAGCAGGGAGUGCAACUAUGGUAAACCAAAUUUGUCAGAAUCAGAACUAGCAUCAGUUCUGCACCCAGUAUGCCGUAUGCCUUCACACCUUCCUUCCAGAAGAGACCCGGGGCGAGUCUUUCCACAGGCUAAAGGUCUGAAUGGCCUCAUUCUUGUCAAAAACAGGAAUCUUGUGCGUGGCCACGCAACGAACGUUCAAUCCGUUGCCUGGCAUGGGGUUGAUACCUUCGAGGAAUCGAGCUCCCGCCCUGACAGCUGGGUAUCAUAUGAGCCCUCCGUUGCCUUGCGCUCUUUGCCAAUCCGGUGAUCCAGGUUGGCAAACAAUGAAGUCACCCUAGCAGGUAUCAACAAGAGGGGA